GGGGUGUGAUGUUUCCUCAAGGAUGUCCACUCAAAUCUGAAUCCACAACACAAAAACCACUCCCUUUCUCCCUUUCUCCCUUUCUCCCUUUAAUUCAACACUAUUUUUUUCUUUUUCUUUUUCUUUUUCUUUUUCCAUUUCUUCACAAAUUACAACAUUUUGCUAACUAACCUCCCCUCCUUCUAAAACCCUCUAUUAUUUCUUUUCCCUUUUUUUAUUUUCUCUUUUGGAAAGUUUAUUUUUGUUCCUUUCCCACACAUUCUUGGCUGUUCUUCUUUCCAAUUCCUCCUCUCUUCCUUUCUUUUUCUUCUUUAUUUCCCAUUUUUCUCUUUUCUAAACUCACAACCAUGGUCGCUUUGGUUUCUCAAGACAAUAUGGUUUCUUUGGUUUCUCGCACUGGAAGGCAUUUGCAGCGUUAUGACAUCAGGGGUCGCCGCCAAGUUGUUGGAUGCAUUCCUUAUAGGUACAAGACUACUAAGAAAAGUACUUUGGAUAAUAUAGAGGAAUUGGAAGUGCUUGUGAUUAGCUCACAGAAAGGGAAAGGCAUGUUGUUCCCAAAGGGAGGUUGGGAAACUGAUGAAUCUAUUACUGAGGCAGCUUCAAGAGAAACACUUGAGGAAGCUGGCGUUAGAGGAAUUGUUCAGGGUGAAUUGGGGAGUUGGAGUUUCAAGAGCAAAACCUAUGACACUUUCUAUGAAGGAUACAUGUUUCCUCUACUUGUCAAGGAGCAGCUGGAGUUUUGGCCGGAAAAGAAUUUUCGACAACGAGUUUGGAUGAGUGCUCACGAAGCUCGGGAGGUUUGCCAGCAUUGGUGGAUGAAGGAAGCGUUGGAUAUAUUGGUAGGACGACUUUCAUCCCAAAAGAAGCAACAAAUGGAGGAAGUUAUGCCGUGCUCGUUGAGCUAGUGAAGAUGGAGUUCGCUUCUAGUGUGUUGCCUUAACGGUUUUCGUGUAAAUAAGAAUUUGGUGAAAGGCUACAUUUGAGGAGAAGAAAGUACUGAGAAAAGGGGAAGUUAAUAUUUUAGGAAGAUUAAAGGGAAGAAGAAGUAUGGAAGAAGAAGGGGAAAAGGAAAGAGAUUUUCUAGUUGGAAGUCUGCAUUUUCUUGAUAUUUGGUAGAAUCAUGCGGCUCAAAGAUACACCACAGGAAGUCUGAUUGAAGAAAUGGAAACUUUUUUUUUUUCCUACACAAAGAUGAAGAACAGAGAAUUGAUUGUGAUCACAAGCUUUGUUUCUUUUUCUUUGUUUUUUGAGUUUCUGUUUUUUUUUUAUAAGAAAAAAAAUUCAAUCAGACUUCGAUGUGUAAUAGUUAUUCUUCUUGUCAUUGUCAAUUUGAAAACUUUAAUCCAUAUUCAUAACCUCUCAUUUUCACUUUUCAAUUUAA